CUCUCUCUCUCUCCGCGUGUCGAACUCAAACACGAAAAGGCACGAACAGUGGAGGAAAGAAACAUCGAGAAAUAUCUCUGCUGCGUCGAGAUGGCGGGGAUCUCUCGCGCGAUCCGGACCUGCACCGCCGCGUCCCGGAGGAGCCUGGCGGCGGCGGCGGCAGCAGCGCAGUCGAAGGAGGCGGCUGCGGCUGGGGUGAGGGCGGCGACCGGGCGCAAGGGGCGGGAUCGGGAGGACGGGAGGCGCGUGCAGUGGGUGUUCCUGGGGUGCCCCGGGGUCGGCAAGGGCACCUACGCCAGCCGCCUCUCGCAGCUACUCAGCGUCCCACACAUCGCCACCGGCGACCUCGUCCGCGACGCCCUCGCCUCACCCAACCCGCUCUCCAAGCAGCUUGCUGAGAUUGUCAAUAAUGGAAAGCUAGUGUCUGAUGAGAUCAUCAUAAAUCUGCUCUCAAAGCGCCUUGAAGAGGGAGAAGAAAAGGGUGAAUUGGGGUUCAUCCUUGAUGGCUUUCCUCGGACUAUAAGACAAGCGGAAAUCCUUGAAGGAGUCACAGAUAUUGAUUUGGUGAUCAAUCUCAAACUCCGAGAAGAAGCUCUGCUUGCAAAAUGCCUUGGUAGAAGGAUGUGCAGCCAAUGUGGAGGAAAUUUCAACGUGGCUGACAUUGAUAUUGAGGGUGACAAUGGUGCUCGAAUGUACAUGCCCCCGCUACUUCCUCCUCCACAGUGCGAGUCAAAGCUAAUUACUAGAUCAGAUGAUACUGAAGAGGUGGUAAAGGAGCGGUUACGUGUUUACCAUGAUUUGAGUGAGCCUGUGGAGGAAUUCUACAGAGCAAGGAGAAAACUCUUGGAGUUCAAUCUACCGGGUGGAAUACCCGAAUCAUGGCCCAAGUUAUUGCAAGCCUUGAAUUUAGAAGACCCUGACAAUGAGAGAUCAGCAGCAGCAUGAUUUUUGUUUUAGGAAUGCACAUUACACAUUUGUAGCCUAUGUCAAAAGUAGUUAGUUGAUGAGCAUUCCUUCUAUCUCUACAAGUAGUUCAUUGGGGGGUCUAAAUUAUUUUAGUGUAGCACUCAAUUGUAGAGUUGAUUGGUCAACGAUGUGCAAUAUUGAUGAGUGUGCUGGUAGUUCUUCUCGAAUGAAAAGUCUGUAAAAGGCAAGGAAUAAUUAUCCAACGUUUUUGGGACAUUCAUUUGUAUCCUUCAUCAUGCAAUGCAAUUAUGCUUGUCAAAAGAGAUACACACCGGACACCGCAACCAUUCUGAAG